CCGCGCGGCAGCGUCGUAAAGCGCCGGGACAUGGCGGCCGCCCGGGCGCUGCGGGUCGGUGGCGGCUGCCGCGGCCGCCUCCUCGCCUCCUCCGCCUCCUCCUCCGCCGGUGGCCGCGCGGCUGAACGCGGGGAGCGGCCGGAGAGCGCGGGCCUGGGUUUCCGCCCCCCCGCGCACUCGCACAGCGACUGGAUCGGGCCCCCGGACAAGCACUCCAACCUGCGCCCCAUCAUCUUCUACGUGCCCCCGGAGGAGUCGGCGCUGGAGCGGCGGCUGCGGGAGGCGCGGCAGGAGGCCCAGGCCAGCAACCAGCGCUUCUGGGCGCGGCACAACCGCGCCUUCCACCAGGAAAAAGAAGAAUUUAUUUAUUCAAGACUGAAAGCCAAGGGUCUGGAAAUGAGAGAUGAAUCAGGUCAAAAAGCAACACUGAAUGCAGAGGAAAUGGCUGACUUUUACAAGGACUUUCUAAGUAAAAAUUUUAAAAAGCAUUUGCAGUAUAACAGAGAUUGGUAUAAACGUAACUUUAGGAUCACAUUCCUCAUGGGACAAGUAGCACUGGUGAGAGCUCUGAGGUGGCUUCGUCGGAGAAAGAAAAAUGUAGAACAGUAAUCACAGCUCCAUGAAGAAUGCAACACUAUAUGCUAUAAACUUGUGGUUUAUAGUAAUGUUCAAAGUCUGAAUGGUUGAUGCAAUAAUUACUUGAAUUUGUUUGUUAAACUAUGUAAAUAAAAGUCAACACUGGUCUUAAUUUAUAA